AUGCCUGUUCCCUUUCUGGGGCGUUUGAACAUCACCGAGUAUGCCGCGCUCGUCGGAUCGUUUUUGCUCGUAGGGCUCGAGGCUCUCAUUCGCGUCUUGACUCUUGCUCUUCCAUCCUCACUCCUCGCCGUCUUCUACGGGAUAUCGCGACGUCUGUUUAACAGACUGACAUCUCCGCAGCAAAAGCGGGCCGAGCAGAGAAGAAGAUCCGUGUCGGCGUCGAUUCGCGAUGCCUCCGAUUUUGUUGACAUAUGUGCCAUGUUCGGCUACACUGCCGAGGAGCACGUAGUGCAGACCGAGGACGGAUAUCUCCUCGGCCUGCACCGGCUGGCAUGGCGGAAGGGCGAAGAGGAUGUGAGGGUCAACCGCGGCCCUAACAGCGUCAAGAAGCGAGUCGUCUACCUGCACCACGGCCUUCUCAUGAACAGCGAGGUGUGGGUCUGCUUGACAGACGAGCAGCGAGCCCUGCCGUUUGUGCUUGUUGACCACGGCUUUGAUGUUUGGUUAGGGAAUAAUCGCGGCAACAAGUACUCGAAGAAGUCUAUCAAAUGUUCGCCCACCUCGCUCGAGUUUUGGAACUUUUCGAUCGACGAGUUUGCCUUUUACGACAUCCCCGACAGCAUCAGCUACAUCCUAGACACCACGGGUCAGCCAUCGUUGUCGUACAUUGGCUUCUCGCAAGGCACUGCCCAGGCAUUCGCCAGCCUCGCUGUCCAUCCAAAGCUCAACGACCAGGUCAACGUAUUCAUUGCUCUCGCGCCCGCCAUGUCCCCUGCCGGCCUCUCCAACGGCAUCGUUGACGCGCUGGUCAAGGCCUCGCCCCAGGUCUUGUUCUUGCUCUUCGGGCGCCGGUCAAUUCUCAGCUCUGCCACCAUGUGGCAGUCGAUCCUGUACCCGCCCUUGUUCACCAAGGUCAUCGAUGUCGGCCUGGCCUUUCUGUUCAACUGGAAGACGCAAAACAUCAGCACUUCGCAGAAGCUUGCUGCCUAUCCCCAUCUGUACUCGUUUACCAGCACCAAGUCGGUCGUCCACUGGUUCCAGAUCAUCCGCACGAAGUCAUUCCAGAUGUUCGACGACGACGUGCACCCGCCCAUGCUGCUGUCCUCCAGCAGCAAGUACACCAAGGUGGCAAAGUAUCCCACCCGCAACAUCAAAACGCCCAUCGUCCUGGUGUACGGAGGUAGCGACUCGCUGGUGGACAUCAAGGUCAUGCUCCGCGAGCUGCCAAGUCAGACAGUCGCCAUCGAGAUUCCGCACUACGAGCACCUCGACUUCCUCUGGGCACGGGACGUUGACUCCCAGGUUUUUGGCCACGUCUUCGAUGCUCUCGAGAGCUUCACGGGCGCUGAACAUACCAAGGAAGAGUUUGAAAGGUACCGCAGCGCGAGGCACACCAGCUUGAUCUCUAGGAAUUCGUUUGGACGGCACGCCGCUCGGGGCAGCGAUGUCGUCGACAGCGAUGUGAGCACCGCGGUGGGCUGGAGCAACGAGGACGACACCCCGGUCGGGCCCGGCGAGGAGCACGAAAAUGAAAUUGCAGAGAGGUCCGAUUUUGUGCCCGAAGGCCGGCCCGAUACCGCGAUGGUCAGGCAAUCACACCAGGCCCGUGAGAGCCAAAUCCCCUCGCCGAGUGCCACGUCCCGGCUGGCCAAGCCCCGCGGACUCCGGGUCGCGAUGCCGGACGAGGACGGCUAUAGCCGGCACAGCCCGAGCCCCUCGGCGUCGAGCACGCGAGCCGCUCGUCUCGACGAAUCGGUGGGGACCGAGGCGACGCUGGACGGGAUGCAGGACCGCGACCUCGACUUUGAACCCGUGUCGCCGGCGACGUCGAUAAAGCGUAGGAGCGUUGGCGAGUGCCAGCUAAGCCUGGACUCGAUGAAAAGGGGCCGCGGGAUCAGUCUCGGUGCCAGUAGGUUUCCCGAGACCUAG